UGGUCAGACGUUACAAAAUGAUAGGAAGUGCAGUAUAAUGUUUUUAAACCCAAGUGAUGUGUUUCUAGGAGCUUGAUCGCGUCGGAGGGGACGGGGUUGUACUGAAGAAUAGACCAGACCCAAUGUAUUUAGAUGCUGCACGCAUACACUAUGCUAUCUUAAAUGCAGAUCUAGCAGAGAAACUCUUAUUAAUGUCUGGUUUUGACAGGAAAUCUCAGUAACACGUGUAUAUAGCAGAUCUAAACUGGUAACCUGAAUGAAUGUGCAGAUAUUGGUUAUGCCUUGCAAUGGACAUACAAGGAUUUACCUAUUGAAACAAGCUGGUGCUCCACUCAUCGUUUCUGAUGUUUGCUGUGGAAGUCGGCGCUUGAGACUAUGAAACACAGUAGAACAACCUUCAAACCAAGCCUAUUCAUGUAAAAUCCUGAUGAGGUUCAUUCGAGAGCUGUUCCUCCCUGCCCUCAACAUUAGCAUCUGUCAGAUAAGCACAGAAGGAUGAAACUGAAGAAGCAGGUGACCGUUUGUGGUGGGGCCAUCUUCUGUGUGGCUGUCUUCUCCCUGUACCUAAUGUUGGAUCGAGUCCAGCACGAUCCCGCCAGGAGACAGAGUGUUGGGAACUUUCCGAGGAGCCAGAUUUCGGUGUUGCAGAACCGCAUUGAACAGCUCGAGCAGCUCCUGGAGGAGAACCAUCAGAUCAUCAGUCACAUCAAAGACUCUGUGCUGGAGCUCACCGACACGGGGGCCAUCUCUCCCAGCGGACACCUCCCCUUCCGCAGCGCCAACGGCUCCUGGGUGCUGCCGUUUGAUGGUAGGCCCACCUUCCUUUCUGUCAAGCCACAAGACUGCCAGUUCGCACUGGGCCGCAGGAGCCAGACUGAUCUGCAGAUGCUGGACGUGUACUCCCUGCUCAGCUUUGAUAAUGUGGAUGGCGGUGUUUGGAAACAAGGCUUUGAGAUCACAUACGACCUCAAUGAAUGGGAUGAAGAACCCCUGCAGGUGUUUGUGGUCCCUCAUUCGCACAAUGAUCCAGGAUGGAUCAAGACAUUUGAGAAGUACUACAAUGACCAGACCCAGCAUAUCAUCAACAACAUGGUAGUGAAGUUGGCUGAAGACCCUCGCAGAAAGUUCAUCUGGUCUGAAAUAUCGUUUCUCGCCAAAUGGUGGGAAAGCGUCGAUACCCAUAAACAAGAGACAAUGCGCAAACUUAUCCUGAGUGGACAGCUGGAGAUGGUGACGGGAGGCUGGGUCAUGACGGAUGAAGCCACUGCUCACUAUUUCGCCAUUAUUGAUCAGCUCAUCGAAGGCCAUCAGUGGCUGGAGAGAAAUCUCGGUGUGACCCCUCGCUCGGGAUGGGCUGUGGACCCGUUCGGUCACAGCGCUACAAUGCCUUACUUGCUGAAACGGGCCAACAUGAGCAGCAUGCUGAUCCAGAGGGUUCAUUACUCCAUUAAGAAGCACUUUGCUGCCACACAGAGUCUUGAGUUCAUGUGGAGGCAGACCUGGGAUCCUGAAUCAGGCACAGACAUGUUCUGUCACAUGAUGCCAUUUUACAGCUAUGACGUGCCUCACACCUGCGGGCCUGACCCAAAGAUCUGCUGCCAGUUUGAUUUUAAGAGGCUUCCAGGAAGCAGAGUCAACUGCCCGUGGAAGGUGCCACCCCGAGCCAUCACUGAUGCCAAUGUGGCAGAGAGAGCUGGUGUUCUACUUGAUCAGUACCGCAAAAAGUCCAAGCUUUUCCGUAGCAAAGUGUUGCUGGUUCCUCUGGGGGAUGACUUUCGCUAUGAUAAAGCACUGGAAUGGGACCAGCAGUACUUCAACUACCAGAAAUUAUUUGAUUACAUGAAUUCACACCCGGAAAUGCAUGUAAAGGCCCAGUUUGCAACGCUGACAGACUACUUUAACGCAGUGUAUAAGGCUAAUGGGGUUGGCCAGGGGAUGAGACCACCUGAUUACCCCGUACUGAGCGGAGACUUCUUUGCCUACGCGGACCGAGAGGAUCAUUACUGGAGUGGAUACUACACCUCACGCCCCUUCUACAAAAACCUGGACCGUGUGUUAGAGUCUCACCUCCGUGGGGCAGAGGUUCUCUACAGCUUGGCGGUGGCUCACGCGCGGCAUGCUGGCAUGGAAGGGCGGUAUCCUACAUCAGACUACUCUCUCCUCACUGAUGCUAGGCGAAAUAUAGGACUCUUCCAGCACCAUGAUGCCAUCACGGGCACUGCCAAGGAGGCUGUGGUCAUCGACUAUGGAAACAGGUUAUUGCAUUCCCUGGUCGGUCUGAAACGAGUGAUCAUUAACGCUGCACACUUCCUCUUAAUGAAGAACAAAGACAUUUAUCACUUCGACCAGACAGAGCCUUUCUUAGAGAUGGACGACCGACGCACCACACAUGAUUCUCUCCCACAGCGCACACUGAUUGAGUUGGAAUCAUCUCCAAGGUAUCUGGUGCUUUUUAACCCACUUGAGCAGGAGCGUCUGUGUGUGGUGACCUUGCUGGUGAACUCCGCCAGAGUGAGGGUACUCACAGAAGAUGGGCAGACUUUACCGGUUCAGCUCAGUGCGCAGUGGGCAUCCGCCGUUGAAAUGAGUGGAGAGGUCUACCAGGCUUCAUUCAUGGCACGCCUCCCUGCUCUGGGAUUGGCCAUUUUCCAUUUGUACGAUUCACCCGACUCCCCCAUGACUCUGCACUCUGAUACGUUGCUGAGGAUUCCUGGGCGAGGUUCAAGCAUAAGGGGGUCGGACCCACUUCCUGUGCGAUUGCUGAUGGCAGAUGCUCAAUUGUUCUACAUCCAGAGCCAGUCUCUCAUGCUGGGCUUCUCUGGAACCACUGGCCUGCUGGAGAGUAUUCGACGUAAAGACGAUCCUCUAGAGGUCAGAGUACAGAUUCAGUUCCUCACUUAUGGAACUCGACCUUCCAAGGACAAGAGUGGGGCGUAUCUCUUCCUACCGGAUGGAAAUGCCAAGCCUUAUUCACAGCGAGAAGCCCCAGUAGUGCGUGUGGUGGAGGGUCCACUAUUUGCUGAGGUGGUGACACAUUACCAGCACUUUCAGCAGACGGUCCGCAUUCAUAAUGUUCCAGGAGUAGAUGGUCUGUCUUUGGACAUCACCACCAUGGUGGACAUCAGAGACCAGAAUAACAAGGAGCUGGCCAUGCGCCUGGUCACCGACAUCCAGAGUGAAGACACUUUUUACACAGAUCUCAAUGGCUUCCAGAUCCAGCCUCGACGGUUCAUCAAGAAGCUUCCAUUGCAAGCUAAUUUCUACCCCAUGCCCACAAUGGCCUACAUUCAGGACAGCCAGUACCGGCUCACACUCCAUACGGCCCAGGCGUUGGGAGUCAGCAGUCUGGCAAGUGGUCAGCUUGAGGUGAUUCUAGACCGUCGGUUGAUGCAGGAUGAUAACAGGGGUUUGGGGCAGGGCCUGAAAGACAACAAACGAACUGCGAACCGUUUCCGCCUUCUGCUGGAGAGGAGGAGCAAUGGUGGAAAGCCGGUGGACAGCAGACCAGUAAGUUUCCCAUCACUGCUCAGUCACAUGACCUCCGCCAUCCUAAACCAUGAGGUGCUGGCACUGCCCGUGUUGCCCAGGAAACAUGGCGUGCCCCCCCUUCGCACCUUCACCCCAUUGGCUGGCACCCUGCCCUGUGACUUCCAUUUGCUCAACCUAAGGAGCAUCCAGAGUCCGCAGGAUGCUCACUCUCCAUCUCCCUUUACGGCACUACUCCUUCAUCGAUUGGGUCUGGAUUGUGGUCUGGAAGCCCAGAAUCCUGGUUUUAACUGCACCACCACACAGGGCCAGCUCCCCAUUUCUGGACUUUUUCAUGGGCUGGAUCUACAGCUGCUACAACCCAUGUCUUUAUCUCUGAUGCACUCUCAGCCUCCGCUCUCCAACAACUCCUCCAUAAGUCUGGAGCCAAUGGAGAUCUCCACCUACAAGCUCAAGCUGUGCUAAGAGAGGAUCUCACCAGAACCAGGCUCUCCGUUUGGACCCUUGGAGCCUAUGUCAGCUAAAGCCGCAGCUAGAUGAGCAGACGACUCUGACGGAGACUGUUUAUCCAGACCAAACCAGACUAAGGGGCUAAACACUAUCAAAAUUAGGAAAAGGAAACAAAGACUCGAGGAUCCAAUCCAAAGUCUGAGACUUGGUAGCCGCAUUGUAUGCUAAGAGAUAUAAGAAUAUCUGUGUUUUUUUUUAAUUAUUAUUUAGUGAGAUUUUAUAAAACAGAGCAUUAAUCGGUCAACAUCUUUUUAUUUCAGCACUGCUGACCGUUGUUUUUAUCACUGCCUUUCUGUUUUUCUUGUCUUUGUCUGGAACCACUGACCUCUAUGUCGCUCAUCGCAGCCUCCCCUCACUUAACUAAUUCUUUGGACGUUCUGUCAAUCUGGACUUCGUACUGUAUGUAAAUACGGCAAGACUAUACACCUGGAUCUAUACAAACUUGUGGGACUUAGUGCAAUAUGUGAAGCUUCUCAUGGAGUUUUCUAAGGUCUUGUAAGCUAUGCUUGAAUCUAUCAUUGUCAUUAGAGCUCAUUCUCAUGCUUUUCUUCAUCUUUGCCUGUUCUGCUGUGGACGGUUCUGCUUACAGCGGCCGCAGGUUUUCUAUGAAUGUCAUUCAACACAGUUGGCCUGCGAAGACUGUCAAUGCUGUAACAGACUCUGCAUUUAAAGUUUUUUUUCAUUCAGAAAGAAUGGCCCAUUGACAAUUCACUCACAGAAGAAGACUUGUGGUCAAGGCUUGUUUUUUUUCAUCAAUCGGUUCUUUCGUAGGUCACAAUGAGACGAGCUAACAUUUACUAUCGUUUUCACUCCCUCUCCAUUUCUCCAAACGAACAGAGCUGCUGCUUAAAAAAAAAAAACAUUUCCAUAACGUGUUGUGUGGUUGUAUUUGACAUACUAAGAAUUUACAAGUCGCAGAAUAUGUGUUUAUACUAUAUAUCAUUUUAUAUGCAGGUUUGAGCCGUAUAUAUAAAAUCAGUUACUCUGUAAGGACCGUAUCUGUAUCAGACCGAAGUUUACUGUGGCCUUUAAGGAAUAUUCCGGGUUCAAUACAAGUUAAGCUCAUUUAACAGCAUUUGUGACAUAAUGUUGAUUGCCACAAUUUAUUUAAAUAAUAAUAAAAAGCAAAAUCUGGGUUACUGUUACUGAGGAACUUACAAUGGAAGUGAAUGUAGCAAUCUGUUAACGUUAAAAUACUCACCGUUUCAAAAGAACAGCCACAAGACAAAAAAACCCCAAUAUAUCUGUUAACAUGAUUUUAGUGUGAUAAAAUCGCUUACUACCUUUUCUGUGAAAAGUUAUAUCCCAUUAUACAACUUAGUUGCAAUGAUGACAUAACGCUGUAAACGCUUAAACCUUAAAACAUCUUUACAGCUCAAAUAACACACAAGUUUUAACAGAACAAUUAAUGUAAGUGCUUUUAUAAAACUAUAAGCUUCACAUUUCUGCCUUUUUAAACCCUCUAAAAAUUGUCCCCAUUCACUUCCAUUGUAAGUGCCUCACUUUAACAAAGAUCUUUGCUUUAUUUAUUUUUUCUUAAAGAAAAAAAUGAGGGACAAAUAAUUUUUUGUGGUAAUCAACAAUAUGCCACAAAUGCUGUCGAUUGAGCUUAACUUUUAUUGAACCCGGAAUAUUCCUUUAAGAGCUUAGCGAGAUAUCACUACAUAUAAGGAGGCUUCUACGUUUGCUUGUAUACCUUCUCGCAGUAUUUUCAGGUAAACUGAGCAUUAUUUGUGUCUGAUUGCAAAGGCACUGCCCAGUGCAGGCUGUUUUUUCUCAAAGUGAUAGGUUUCUGCAAUCCGAUUUAGCCAAUUUGUGCGCUAAAUUGGCUUUUCAGUUGUGGUUUACCAUUGCAAAUGCUUUGAAUUCAAGAGCGAGGGCUUAUCUGGUAUUGGAAACCUGUCUGUAAUGUGUAGCAAACUCAUCUUGGCCCGUUCUAGCUUUUGUCUGUCACCUCAGUAGCUUGAAUCAGACAAUUCUGAACACGAAUGCUGUCUGUCUGUCAAACUGUCAUGUUGUUUGUGUCUUACCCUACCAGCCUGUCUGUCUCUCCCAGGAAAUCUGUUUAAACUACUAACAUUCCUCACUUACAACUCUACAUCUGAUUAUGUCUCUGUGGUGCAUUCAUUGCUCAGUACAUCAGUCAGACCAUGAACUGACUUUCCCAGCUAAUCAAGUUCAAAUGUAGAAUCCUAUCAAGGAUGAUAAUUCCCCGUAGGAGGGAAGGCUGCUCGCUCGAUGAGUACGACUGGCGUUUUAGAGCCAAACGUCUGUCAAAAUCCUUUGGAACUCAUUUGCGGGGGUCAUUCCUAUGUUCCCAGGGUCCUAUGCUCUCCAGAUCUAUAUGGCACAUAAUGAACACAAUACAAAGGGUCUUAUGUUCCCCAGAUCUAUAUGGAACAUAAUGAACAAUGCAAAAGGUUUUAUGUUCCCCAGAUUUAUAGGGUCCUAUGUUCCUCAGAUCUAUAGGGUCCUUUGUUCCCCAGAUCUAUAGGGUCCUAUGUUCCUCAGAUCUACAGGGUCCUAUGUUCCCAGGGUCCUUUGUUCCCCAGAUAUAUAGGGUCCUAUGUUCCCAGGGUCCUUUGUUCCCCAGAUCUAUAGGGUCCUAUGUUCCCCAGAUAUUUAGGGUCAUAUGUUCCCCAGAUCUAUAGGGUCCUAUGUUCCCAGGGUCCUUUGAUUCCCAGAUCUAUUGGGUCCAAUGUUCCCAGGGUCUUAUGUUCCCCAGAUCUAUAGGGUCCUAUGUUCACAGGGUCCUAUGAUCCCCAGAUCUAUAGGGUCCUAUGUUCCCAGUGUCCUUUGAUUCCCAGAUCUAUAGGGUCCUAUGUUCCCAGAGUCCUAUGUUCCCCAGAUUUAUAGGGGUCAAGGUUAAUAUUUAUGAAAUAUAAAUGAUAUGGAUAAUAUUUAUGAACUAUUUGAACUUGAAAUGGGUCAAAUGUGAAAUGGGGAACUUAGGACCCUGGGAACAUAGAACCCUGGGAACAUAGGACACUGGGAACAGAUUGCUCACAUUUGCAGUUUGGCUCCUGGCACAGGCUUUGCUUGUUAUUCCAGAAUGUCGGUUAAUUUUGCCUCUACCAAUUCAUAUUCUCUGUCUCAGUGCAUAUCACUGCCAUGCAUGUUUUGUGUUCAUACACUUUUCGUUCAGAUUUCCUUGAUGUUCUUUAUUUAUGUAGCCUGUUCUGAGAUGAAAAUGACUUUUGGUUGUUUUUAGGUUUUGGUUUGAGGAAAUGCAAUGACAGUGAAUUUGAGAGAUUAAUGUAUUAUUUUUUACCAAUUAUUUUCAUGUUUGGGUUUCAUAAUGGGAUUGAUUUAAAAUGAUAUUUAUUCAUUUAG